AUGGCGACAACGCGGGUUUUGAACAGAGCAUCGUCGUUGCUCGGCGCCAUACGCGCCAGCCCGCGGUUGGACGUACCAAAGCGACACAUCCACAGACCUCUCAUUGCGGACUGGUCCUCGCCGCCUGCCAUAUCUUCCAAUCUGGUUCCGAUAGUCAUCGAGCAAACAGGAAGAGGAGAGCGUAGUUAUGACAUUUUCUCAAGACUACUGCGAGAGCGCGUCAUCAUGCUGUACGGUUCAAUACGGGAUACCGACUCUGCGCUGACCGUCGCGCAAUUGCUCUUCCUUGAAGCGGAAGAGACAUCAAAACCGAUUCACUUGUACAUUAACUCUCCAGGCGGUAGUGUCACCGCAGGACUGGCCAUCUACGACACAGUAAGCAUAUACGUCUCAUCGCCCAUACACACGUACUGUGUCGGCCAGGCAUGUUCCAUGGGUUCCCUCCUUCUGGCGGCCGGGGAGAGGGGCAAGCGACAUGCUCUGCCGAACUCUACCAUCAUGAUCCACCAACCUUCGGGCGGUGCUUCUGGUCAGGCGUCCGACAUCGCCAUCCACGCGAAAGAGAUUCUUCGCGUGCGAGAGCAGCUCACGCGCAUCUAUCAGCGGCACUGCAACAAGGAGGGCGAGAGCGUCGACGACGGCGCAUUGGAGAGGGAUUACUUCAUGACGGCGCAAGAAGCGUUCGAGUUCGGGAUAGUGGACAGCGUGCUCGAGAAGCGGCCGCAACUAGACACCGCGAUAUAG